GUUUUCGCGAAUGUUUCCGAUAGGAAUUAGUAAAUGUCGGUUGCGCAGGUUUCGAAAUGCCGCUCAGUCGGUCUCGAGGCUGACUCAACCCGCAUCAACAAGGAGGUCAUCGUGCUGAAGGGCAAGUCCAUCGAGAAACUGAUCGCUUCCGGCCGCGAGAAGCUGUCAUCCGGUGGUGCUGUGCCCACCGCUGCCACCGAGGAGAAGAAAGCGGAUAAAAAGAUGGAAGGGUCCGGAUUCGAGGACGACAUGGGCUGCGGUUUGUUUGAACAAGGGAAUAUUCCCCGUGACCACAUCCCCGGAUGGCUGCUGGCGGUUACACUGGCGUUUUUGCCCCCGAAGACGGUACGACGGCGCUAA